AUGAUGAGGAUGAAUCUGAAUCCUGUUCCGUUCAUGAUUCUGAUUGAAACUGCAUUACUAUUUAUUAUGAUGCUGCUGUUGGCAGGAGGAGCAGGAGGAGUAGGAGGAGAGGUGAAGUGCGCAGAGAGGGAGAGGCAAGCAUUGCUGGAUUUCAAGGCCGCCAUGGUUGAUGACUAUGGCAUGCUCUCGUCGUGGAAGGGCCGUGAUUGCUGCCAUUGGAACGGUGUUCGCUGCAGCAACCUCACUGCCCAUGUAAUCAGUCUCGACCUUCACGGUGACUCCAUCGGAAAUGAAUAUUUCUACUUUGAACGAUUUUUGAGAGGUAAGAUUCCCAGCUCGUUAGUGGCAUUGCAGCACCUCAGGUACUUGAACCUCAGCUUCAAUGGUUUUGAAGACUACCAUAUCCCUGAAUUCUUUGGUAACCUCACCAGCUUGAGGUAUCUUGACCUGUCCAAUUGUUACUUUGAUGGAAGAAUUCCAAGUCAAAUUGGAUCUCUUUCACAUUUAACAUACUUGAAUCUUCAUGCUAAUAACUUAGAGGAUUCAAUCCCUUAUCAACUUGGAAAUCUGACCAAGUUGCAGUAUCUUGAUCUCUCAAGAAAUGCUUUACAGGGAAUAAUACCAUCUCAACUUGGGAACCUUUCAAGCUUGCACGAGCUUUACCUUGACGGUACACGUGGUUCUCUCAAAAUGAAUGAUGAUGGACAAUGGUUAUCCACUCUUACCUCUUUAACCCAUCUUGACUUGCGCUCUAUAUUGAAUCUCAACAAUUCCUAUAAGUGGAUACAAGCCAUCAUCUUGCGUCUUUCUUAUAACACCUUCACUCCUUCCCUGUUAUUUCAAUGGUUGUCCAAUGUCACUUCCAACCUUGUUGAACUUCACCUUGAACUUGACCUUGUUUCCGGCCUCUUAAGGAGUUCCACCCCUGCCACAUCAAAUCAUUUUGACAUCACAAUGCAAUCACUUGAGCGGCUUCACAUAUCUUAUUAUCAAUUCACGGUCUUUGGUAGCGAUUUGACUGAAGAUUUGGAAUCAGUUCUUCAUAAUCUCUCAGCUGGCUGUGUCACUCACUCACUUCAAGAGUUGUAUUUGGGCGAUAACCAGAUGACUGGCUCAAUACCUGAUGACCUUUCAAUAUUCCCAUUUUUAAAAGAGUUGGACCUUUCGGGUAAUCAGUUAAGAGGGAAAAUACCUGACAAUAUCAGGUUGCCAUCUCAGUUAAAGGCUUUGUCCAUCAGUUGGAACUCUAUAGAAGGUGGAAUUCCAAAGUCAUUUGGAAACACAUGUAGUCUCGCAUCAUUAGACUUGUCCCACAACACUUUGACGGCAGAGCUUCCAGUUGCAAUCCAGCACUUGUCUGGAUGCAUUUAUAUUUGUUGGGCUCUAUCAACAAGGCUAGUCAGCAUGAACAUUUCAUACAAUAAUCUCAGUGGUGUGAUUCCAGAUUUUCCAUUAAGAUUUACAGAAUACCCUUCCAUAUCUCUAGCUGUAAACCAUUUUGAAGGCCCAAUCCCGCCAUUUUUACGUAGAGCUCAAUCCCUUGAUCUCUCUAGCAAUAAAUUUUCAGAUUUGGCUCUUUUUGUAUGUACCAAUGAUACAGCUGAAAGAUUAGGCCAACUAGAUAUUUCAAAUAAUAUUUUCUCAGGCCAAAUCCCAAACUGUUGGAGCAACUUCAAAUCAUUGGCCUAUAUAGAUGUGAGUAGCAAUAAUUUCUCUGGACAAGUUCCCUCUUCAAUGGGAUUAGUUGUUAAGCUUCAUGUAUUGAUAUUGAGAAACAAUAGCUUUACAGGAGGGCUGCCCAUUUCACUGAAGAAUUGUACAAACUUAGUGAUGCUAGAUGCAGGAGACAACAGGUUAUCAGGAAUUAUUCCUCCUUGGAUUGGAAGCAGCUUACAACAAUUGGAGAUGUUAAGCUUGCGAGAAAAUCUCCUUUCUGGAAGUGUACCAUCAGCUUUUUGUUCUCUUACAAGCCUCCACUUCUUGGAUCUAUCAGGUAACCAUAUCAAGGGACAAAUUCCAAAAUGUUUCAAGAAUUUCACAGCAAUGGCUCAUGAAGAGAUCAUACAAGAUCCUUUCUCUCAUUCUUAUACUGUUCCCCACAUUAAUGGCCCCAGGUAUCUCUAUAAUUAUGACAUAAUUACUUUGUUGAUGUGGAAAGGUACAGAACAAAAUUUCAACAAUGAUAAGUUACUUCUAAAAGGUAUUGAUCUCUCAAGUAAUCACUUGUCAGGAGACAUUCCAUCAGAACUUGAGAAUUUGGUGGAGCUAGUUUCAUUGAAUUUAUCAAGAAAUAACUUGACAGGAAAAAUUCCUUCAGGAAUUGGAAGGUUGUUAUCAUUGGAGUCGCUUGAUUUGUCAAGAAACCAUUUAUUUGGCUCCAUUCCUUCUAGUCUUGCACAAAUUAGUUUUCUCUCUGUGUUGGAUUUAUCACAUAAUAAUUUGUCUGGACAAAUUCCAACUGGCACACAGUUGCAGAGUUUCAAUGCCUCAAGCUACGAAGAAAAUCAAAAUCUCUGUGGGUUACCUCUUGAAAACAUGUGUCCCAAGGAAGAGCCACGUCAAGAAUCUUUGGUUAAAACCCAAGAUGAGAAUGAUGGUUUUAUUCAAGCAUUCUUUGCAAGCAUGGGAUUGGAUUCUUUGUCGGAUUCUGGGGGAUCUUUGGCACUAUUCUCUUCAAUAGCUCAUGGAGACAUGCUUACUUCCGGUUCUUGA